GCUCGGGGGCAGGAGGAGGCCCCAUCCCACCUCCCGGCGUGCCGGGGCAGGGCGGCGCGGGCGGGAGCGCCAUGGCCGAGCGGCUGUCGGAGGAGAAGAUCUCGGAAUUCAAAGAAGCCUUCUCCCUCUUCGACCGGGAUGGGGACGGGUGCAUCACCACCAAGGAGCUGGGCACCGUCAUGCGCUCCUUGGGGCAGAACCCCACCGAGGCCGAGCUGCAGGACAUGGUGGGGGAGGUGGACGCCGACGGCAGCGGCACCGUUGACUUCCCGGAGUUCCUGUCGCUGAUGGCGAGGAAGAUGAGGGAGACGGACAGCGAGGAGGAGAUCCGGGAGGCCUUCAGGGUCUUCGACAAGGACGGCAACGGCUACAUCAGCGCGGCGGAGCUGAGGCACGUCAUGACCAACCUGGGGGAGAAGCUGACGGACGAGGAGGUGGACGAGAUGAUCAGGGAGGCCGACGGCAACAACGACGGGCAGGUCAACUACGAGGAGUUUGUCAGGAUGAUGACGGAGAAGUGAGGUGGGUGUGGGGGGGUUGGGGGGUGUCCCCUCCCCAACCAAACCGCCUCCGACAGCCUCAGGGA